GCACGUGAUGCAACCCGGAAGCCGGCGAGACAGGGCACGCCUCCUGGAGUCGGAGCGGCGGAGCGCGCGGGUUGCGUGUCCGUGUGGUGCCGGCGGCUGCGGGAUGUUCACGGCGGGGGCGGAGAGUCUGCUCCGCCAGGCCAGGGAGAUCCAGGAUGAGGAGCUGAAGAAGUUCUGUUGCCGGGUCUGUAAGCUGCUGCAGGAGGAGGACUUGGGGCCUGAUGCCGUUGACACCCUGCAGAGGCUCUUCCUCAUCGUCUCGGCCACGAAAUAUAGCAGGAAGCUGGAGAAGACGUGUGUGGACCUGCUGCAGACCACCCUCUGCUCGCCCACGUGCCCUGAACAGCUCCAGCUUCUCUGCGCCGCCAUCUUGAGAGAGAUGUCACCCUCCCACAGCCUGAGCCUGUCCUGUGACCACGUCCAGAACACGCGGCAGCUGAGCCUGGUGGCCUCUGUGCUCUUGGCCCAGGGUGACGGAAAGCAGGAGGUCAGGAGCGUGGGCCAGCGCGUCUGCAAAGUCCUCGAGAGCCGACAGCCGGAGGGGCCCAGUCUGAGGCACCUCCUCCCGGUCGUGACGAAGGUCGUCAGCCUCGCCCCGGGCACCCUCCACGAAGACCAGGCUAACCUGCUCAACAAGCGCCUGGUGGACUGGCUCCGCUAUGCCAGCGUCCAGCAAGGGGUGGCACACUCCUCUGGCGGCUUCUUCUCCACGCCCAGAGGCCGGCAGCCAGGCCCUGUCACCGAGGUGGACGGGGCGGUGGCCACAGAUUUCUUCACGGUGCUGUCCACCGGCCAGCACUUCACGGAGGACCAGUGGCUGAACGUGCAGGCCUUCUCCAUGCUGCGGGCAUGGCUGCUGCACAGUGGCCCCGACGGCCCCGGCACCCCCGACGCAGACGAUAAGUCGGAGCUGGAGGGCUCCACCCUGUCGGUGCUCUCGGCCGCCUCCACCGCCAGCCGCCUGCUUUCCCCCCAGGAGCGGCUGCGGGAGAAGGCCUUCGAGUACUGCCAGCGCCUCAUUGAGCAGAGCAACCGCCGAGCCCUGAGGAAGGGGGACUCUGACCUGCAGAAAGCUUGCCUGGUGGAGGCCGUGCUGGUGCUGGACGUGCUCUGCAGGCAGGACCCGUCCUUCCUGUACCGCACCCUCUCCUGCCUGAAGGCCCUGCAGGUGCGGCUGUGUGGGGAUCCGGCGUGCGUGCGGGCGCUGCUGCCCGUCACCCAGUUCUUCCUGACCCACGGGGAGGCCGCCGCCGUGGACUCGGAAGCCGUCUACCAGCACCUAUUCACCAGGGUCCCCGCUGAGCUCUUCCACAGCCCCAUGCUGGCCUUCGAGUUCGUCCAGUUCUGCAGGGACAACCUCCCCCUGUUCGGCAGGAGCCUCGGCAUUCUCAAACUGAGCUUCCCUAACCUCUUCAAGUUCCUGGCCUGGCACAGCCCGCCCCUCACCUCCGAGUUUGUGGUGCUUCUCCCGUCACUGGUUGAUGCCGGCACGGCGGUGGAGAUGCUGCAUGCGCUGCUGGACCUACCUUGUCUGACCGCGGCCCUGGACCUGCAGCUCAGGUCGUCGCCGGCUACGUCCGAGAGGCCGCUCUGGGACGCCUCGCUCAGGACCCCCGGCUGCCUGGAGGGCUUCCGGGACCUGCGGUUCCAGGGUCUCUUCCAGCACCUGCUGCGUGCCCAGGCCAGCGGGACCACAGAGAGGUUAGCGCCCCUCCACCAGCUGCUGCAGCCCAUGGCCAGCUGUGCCCGGGUGGUCCAGUGCGCCGAGGCGGUGCCCACCCUGCUCCAGGUGUUCUUCUCGGCGGUGACCCAGUUUGCCGACGGGGCUCUGACCAACCAGCUGGCGCUGCUGCUCUUGGAGAGGAGCAACUCGCUCUACCAGGUCCCGCAGUACGAAGCCCGCGUGCACAGGGUGCUGAGCUCCCAGUUCCUGGUCCUGUGCAAGCUGCACCCCUCCCUGGUGGUCGAGCUGGCGAAGGAGCUCCUGGAAUUUGUGGGGAGCGGGAGCGGCAUCUGCGGCCCGGGGAGCAUGCUGACCGCCGUGGUGUGGGCCAUUGGCGAGUACCUGUCGGUGUCCUGGGACCGGCGGUGCACUGUGGAGCAGAUCAACAAGUUCUUUGAAGGCCUGGAGGCCUUGCUGUUCGAGGUCACCCAGUCCCGCCCCUCUGCUGCCCUGCCCAAGUGUCCACCCCAGGUCAUCACCGUGCUCAUGACCACGCUGACCAAGCUGGCCUCCCGGAGCCAGGACCUGAUCCCCAGGGUCUCUCUGUUCCUGUCAAAGAUGAGGACGCUGGCCCAGAGCCCGGCCACGAGCUCCCUGCACUGUGAGGAGGAUGCGGACGCCGUCCGCACGCGGGCCACCGAGCUGCUGAACCUGUUGAAGAUGCCCAGCGUGGCGCAGUUUGUGCUCACACCCAGCGCAGAGGUGUCCGAGCCCCGCUAUCACCGCGACACCAACACGGCCCUGCCCCUGGCCCUGCGCACGGUCAGCUGGCUGGCGGAGAGGGAGGCGGGCCUCCUGCCGGGGUGAAGGGACGGCCACCAGGAUUAAGAGCCUGUAUUAGGGUCAAGCCUCGGCUUAGUGAUCAGAGAGGAAGUGAGGAGGGCGUGAGUCCCAGGGAGGAGCCCCGGGGGCUCUCGGCCCCUCACGCUGGGCAGGGCUUCACGUUCACACCCUUUGGGUGUUUGUCUCUCUCAAGCCUUUCUCCCGGGACAUGCUGAGCUGUGUGGUGGGACAGCUGUGACUCGUGGCUUAGCCACUUUGGGGCUGGACGGGAGCUGCCUGCUCUGUGCCCUGCUGGUCCUUGUUUGGGGGCAGUUAGGGGUCAGAACAGGUAUGGCAAAAAUAAACCCCUUUAACAAGUAUCUG